UUAAAAAAGCGAGGCGCGAUCCGGCGGAGAGGAGGAGCUGCUGGCUGCGGAGCCAGGCGGAAGUGGGGCCAUUGUGGUGGCAGACGCCGCAGCCGCCGCCGCCUGGAGAAGCAGAGAGCUUGCCCGGAGGGCUCUUCUGCCCGGACUGCUUAGAUCCCGCUUUGCACGGAAAAAGACCUGAAGACUAAAGAUUAUCCAGCUUCAGCAAUGAUGAUGAAUCAGGACAAUGAGAAUGGCAGCUGGGAGCCCUCCAACAGCAGCAUCCUCGUCUUCUCCUUUCUGCAGAACUCCUCCAAUUGCAUUUUUGCUUCAGAACUUGAUGACCUGGGAAACCAGCUGUUGACUCCAAAGUUCCGCUCUUGGGCUGCUGAUUUUGAUGAGGGGGAGCUUCAGACAGAUGGUAACACCUGUGCGCGACCCCAGGUCACUGACCGAGAGGAGGAAAUGUUUCGGGAAAUUGGAGCUCAGCUGGCUAAAAUUGGAGACAGGCUGGCUGCUGAUAUUGAACCAUCGAUGGUGGACCAUCUUGUGCGGCAGUUUAUGGAGGAGAACCUGUCUGUAGAGACCAUCACUAGACAUCUGUCCCAGGCCGUGGAGGAGCUCUCGAGAAGGAUGCCAUUGGACAUGCCGCAGGAAAGAGCUAUGUUAGUGAUAGCAAUGGUCUUGGCCAAAAACGUAGCAAACACGGUGCCAUCACUUCUGCAUCGAGUGUUCAGCACAACUGUGAACUACAUCAACCACAACCUCCAGGAAUAUGUGAACAACUUGGAACUUUAGAACUGAAUGCAAGGAAGCUGCCAUCUACCUCCAAAGAGAAAUGCCUUUUUUUAGGAUGAGUACCCUGCUUUAUUAGGAUUUUUUCUUCUUUGUGGUGCUCUUCUACACUCUUUUCAGGUGGCAAAUUGGCUUGACUACAGAACCUGAACAAUGUGACUAAAUUCAACUGGCUCUACUUGAUUCUAAUACCAGCUAUCUAUGCAGUGAAACAAUCUCUGGCAGCCUUAGGUCAAGCACUAAAAGUGAACAACACUUAAGUUUAUCUGAAAAGCAAUGCAGGCCACAAUCGCCAGCCUUGGAUCAUGUUCCUCCAUCAGUUCAGCUGGAGAUCUGUUUUGAAGAAACAACUGCUAUGACCAUUUAGUCUUUAUCCAGUUCCAAGGAGACUGUUGUAAUAAAUUCAAGUAGUUUUUGUCACCCAUCUAACAGUGUUUUGUAAAGCAGUUUUUUAAUAAAAUUGUCUUACUUCUA